AUGUCUAUUGGUCGUACAUAUCACAGUCGAGGUAGCUCACGUGUCUCUUCUCUCGAGUUUGAGUCAAAUCCGACGUCCAACGGAGAACACAACAUCACGAAGUUCGCAAGCCAUUUGCCAAUCCCACGUAAGCGGGCGGGCUCUGCGCAACCCCACAACAGACCGUCGACGCAAGGUCUCUCAGAUCAGAAUCGCACAGCACGAUGGGAUGGUUUCACAGAUGGACCGACCACAAGCCACUCAGAUAGGUUUGCACCCAACCUUUCCACAGAUAUCUCCUUUGAAUCACAACAUACGGGAUCAAGCAACGCUUCUAGAUGGAUCAAGGGCCAUGGUCAUUCAAAAGAGCAGAACACAGAGGGCCGGCAACGGUCACCCUCAAAAAAUGAUAAUCCUUUUUCUCUAGCAGUACGUGAACCUUGGAAGGGUCCGAGCGGGCGAUCUGCGAUGAUAAAUCCGAUCCAGGAGAAGCCAAAGGAGAGAUCAUCAUCACGUGUUCAUCAUUCAAAGAAUAACGAUCGCAACGAUCGAUCAAAGGAAAGUGACUGUGCAUCUCCAGACUAUUCAUACCUCGGUUUCGUCCCGUCGGUAGUCACAACAAUUACUGGAGGCGCAGAUGAUGCCCUGGGACCGGACAAACGCCAGCCUAGCAAAAGUCGCCAGCAACCAUCCAUUGCGAAGAAACCGAUCAGUGCGACUAGCGAUGUCCCACCCCGAAUCGAAAUUCCAGUGCCCACUUUGGAAACCACCCUCGCUGAGUUGAAGCUGUCCACCGGAGAUCAGGCUGAUGCACCCGUCAGCCGCUUCAGUGCAACCACCUGUGCCACAACGGAGAGCGAUAGCCCUACACCUAGUCGUCGUGAGAGUGUUGAUGCGGCUUCCCAGUCUACAGAGAACGCACCCUCAAUCAUGUCCCGCAAAAGACCCAUUCCCAGUGCCAUGGCUCCGGGGAAGAAACCAAGCAGGAAGCCAACCCCGUCCCAGGCUGACAAUGGCAAGGACCUCCCCCCAUGUCCACCAGAACAACAAUCUCAAAACCGCAUUGAGAUGCUGGAAGCAAGGAGGGACAACCUUGCACGGCGUAGGGCAAACAUUAACACAAUUAUUCACGAACUGACCCAGGUCAUCCAGCCUAGCUCCAUCGCUUACGACAUGGCUGCCCGCGACGAGGUCAAAAAGACUGUCGCCAGUCUCAACAACGAAUUAGCGGAUAUCAGGAGAGAGGAGCAUGAGAUUGGGAUGAAACUAUUCAGACUUUGGAAGAAACGCGACGAGAAAAACUUGUAUGGUGGAGACAGCGGCUUAUGGGUAAAGCGGGUGACCAGCUGA